CUUCAUGCACCCCCCACGAAUUGCUGCAAGAAAGACUACAACUCGACCUCAAAGAAAAUAAUACGAGCGUUUAAAGAACAUCUUAUCCAGAAUAAUAUUAAAGCCAUUUUGGAAAUGGAAAAUUCCCGCUUAGUGUUCAUGUUGAGAAACAAAAGAACAAAUGACCUGGCUUGUAUGUACAAUUCUCUGAAAAAAUUUCCCGACAAACUCGAAACCAUGUUAGAUUGUUUAAGUAAAUAUCUACGAGAAGAAGGCUGUUCGUUGGUGAAAAAAGACGAAACCAAUUUAAAUCCUAUCACUUACAUACAGAGUCUGUUGGAUCUCAAAGAUAGAUUCGAUUUAUUCCUCAACAAAUGUUUUGCCAACGACAAAAUGUUCAAACAGACGAUAUCUUCGGGUUUUAAAUAUUUUUUAAAUUUAAAUCCAAAAACUCCAGAGUACUUGUCGUUAUUUAUCGAUGAUAAUUUGAAGAGAGGAGUUUGUGGAAUGGACAAGGACGACCUGGAAUCGGUGCUUGACAAAGCCAUAGCGUUGUUCCGAUUCCUUCAGGACAAAGAUGUUUUCGAAACAUACUAUAGGCGACUUUUGGCCAAAAGAUUGUUGCACAACAAAUCUGUCAGCGACGAUAUCGAGAAAAACAUGAUCUCUAAAUUGAUAUUGGUGUGUGGACGUCAAUUCACGUAUAAACUAGAAGGUAUGCUCAAAGACAUGGCGCUAUCGAACUUCAUGAUGGAUUCUUUUAAAAAAAAUUGUAACAAUAUGGAACUGUCCGUUUGCGUCUUGACAACUGGUUACUGGCCGUUGCCAGCAACCACACCGAAAUGUAACAUGCCAAGUGUAGCGCAACUGGCAUACAAUAAUUAUCAAAACUUUUGUAUAAGAGAACCCAAGGGCCACCAACAAUUAAGGCUCCAACCUCAAUUGGGAUGGGCGGACAUUACUGCCGUGUUCAACGAGACUCGUCAAGAUAAUAGUGCGACAAGCUCAAAUGCCAACAAUAGCAUCGUUGUGUCCCCUUCAUUAAAUUCUGGUACGAGCGUGAAAUCUAUUGGUACGUUGUCUACACGAAAAUAUAACUUCCAAGUUUCCACCUAUCAAAUGGCAAUACUGAUGUUGUUCAACACUUACGAGAAAAUCACUAUGGAAACCAUCAUGAACAAAACCGAAAUCGACAAGGAAGAUCUGACCCACGCUCUGCAAUCGUUGGUGAUGGGCAAACCACCGCAAAGAGUGCUGUUGAAGAGCCCUAAUACAUCAGAAAUUGAACUAUCUCAUGAGUUCUCUGUGAACGAGUUGUACACGUCGAACAAAUUCCAAGUCAAAAUAAUAUCAACCUCAACUAAAAGCGAAAGCGAGUCAGAAUGUCAAAAGACCAAGGACACGGUGGAAGAGGAUAGAAUGCACAAAAUCGAGGCAACAGUGGUUUGCAUUAUGAAAGCUCGCAAAAAACUAAAGCACGAUACGCUCGUAAUAGAAGUUGUUGAGCAGUUGAGGUCGCGAUUCAUGCCGUCAUCUAAACUGAUUAAAGAACGAAUCGAGUGGUUGAUCAAAAAAGAAUACAUAGCACGUACUCUGGAAGAUCAAAACACUUACAGCUAUGUCGUAUAAACACAUGCCACAAUUUGUUUAUCCGACGUCCAUUUAUGUAUGAGAUAAUCGUUUUGUAAAAAAGAAGUUUGUAGGUUGAUACAUUUCUACCUGAAAUGUAUCAACCUGUGAUUUUGAACUAAUGAAUACCGACGGUUUUUACUUGUGUUUUUUUUCCUAUUUAAUUAUUGUUUAAGUGUAGUAUGAAAAUAAUUCAAAAUUAUUCUAGUGAUAAGAUUGUGUUUUACGUUUUAUGUAGUGUGCAUAUUAUGUAGAUGUUAGUUUUCUAUAAGAAUUAUUUGAUUUUGCCAUUAACUUUUUACUACUUACAUUAGGAAUAAUUUUAGGUAUUUUUUUGAGUGAUUGUUUUUAAAUAUACUCGAUAAAAAAAAAAUAUACUUACAUUUUACUUUAUAGAUACAUCCUUAAUCCUCGACAGCGAUGAUGAAUGUACCGUAUGUGGUGAACAAUGCAACAAAGUUGCAAAAUACCACAACAAAACUGACUAAUUAGAAUGUAAGAUGGUUCGACAAUGUUGGAUUACAGUAAAUAGAAAAAUAAUGUAUUAUAAAUAGUAAAUGUUAAUCCAGCCCAUUUACACGGUGCCGUUUGU